CCCGGCCCAGUCUGAGGCUGCUGGUCGAGGGGGAAGCAGUGAGGACAGCGUCCCUGGUCUGCAGACGGAAUGAGCGGGGGAGCGGAGCAAGCUGACAUCCUAAGCGUGCUCUCCCUGGUCAAGGAACGAUGGAAAGUGGUGAAGAAGAUCGGGGGUGGAGGGUUUGGCGAGAUCUACGAGGCGCUGGACCUGCUCACACGGGUCAGUGUGGCGCUGAAGGUGGAGUCGGCCCAGCAGCCCAAACAGGUGCUCAAGAUGGAGGUCGCCGUGCUCAAGAAGCUCCAGGGUAAAGACCACGUGUGUCGCUUUGUGGGAUGUGGCCGUAACGACCGCUUCAACUAUGUGGUGAUGGAGCUUCAGGGUCGUAACCUGGCCGACCUCAGGAGGAGUAUGACCAGGGGUACAUUCAGCAUCAGCACCACCCUGCGUCUGGGUCGGCAGAUCCUGGAAGCCAUAGAGAGCAUCCACUCGGUCGGCUUCCUGCAUCGUGACAUCAAACCGUCCAAUUUCGCCAUGGGUCGCUUCCCUAGUACCUGUCGUACCUGCUACAUGCUGGACUUUGGUUUAGCUCGCCAGUUCACCAACUCUUGCCAGGAGGUCCGACCUCCCCGUCCAGUAGCAGGGUUCAGGGGAACAGUCCGCUAUGCAUCUGUCAACGCACACAAGAAUAAGGAGAUGGGUCGUCAUGACGACCUUUGGUCCCUCUUCUACAUGCUGGUGGAGUUUCUGGUCGGUCAGUUGCCAUGGAGGAAGAUCAAGGACAAAGAACAUGUGGGGAAGCUGAAGGACACUUACGACCAUCGUCUGAUGCUCAAACAUCUGCCAGCAGAGUUCGGUGUGUUUUUGGAACACAUCUCCAUCCUGGACUACUUCACCAAGCCUGAUUACCAGCUGCUGAUGUCAGUGUUUGACAACAGUAUGAAAACCUACAAUGUAGUGGAGAAUGACCCCUAUGACUGGGAGCGGACUGGCACAGAUGGCACCUUGACAAUCAGUGCCAGUGCCACAACACCACAACAUCACACCCGCCUCACUCCGGCACAUAUGGGCAUGGCAAAUGCCUCCCUGAUACCUGGCGACCUGAUGAGGGAAAACACAGACGAGGUUUUGCAGGAUGAGCAGCUCAGCGACGUGGAGAACAACCCCGCUCCCGAGCGCCUGCCUGGCUCUCCCCUCCACCCGCACCGCAACCAGGAGGCUGACGUCUGGGAGGAGCUGGACCGCAAUCGUAACCGCAUCAGGACGGCUGUCUGGAAGGCGGCGACGGAGGAGGAACACAGUAACAACCAGGGCAACCAAGGACACCAGAGCCCUUACGCUGGGCCAAGUCUGGGUUCCCCAGUCAAACUACACUCUGAAGUGAUGGCUUCAGACCGUGACGGCCCUCUGCUGAGGAAGCUCCGCAACAUCCACAGCUUUGAGCUGGAGAGGAGACUUGGCCUAGAGUCAAAGCCCAGUCCAGAGCGCUUCCUGGAGGCCUGCUCACCGAAGCAGCAGCCCGGCACCCCGCACCAUGACAAGGAGGGUAACGGUGCCGCAAUCAUCCCAGUAACUCAGGGUCAAACUGUACCUGCCGGGGAGCGUCCCGAUAGGGUCUGGCACUACGACGAGGAGUUCCGGUCUGGUGGUGGUUCUCCUAAGCCUGCAUCCCCUGGAUCUCUAGAGCAGGGAGAGGGGGCAGCGAGCAGCGGGGGCUUUGUGGCCCUCAAUUUGAGCUCUGGGAAGCACGACAUUGACUCAAGGGAGUGGGUAAUGGUGGAGCGGCCCAGUGGCUCCCCAGGAGCUAAGGUUACCACCAGCCCUUCAGAGGAGGACGAGGAACCAGAGGUCCUCCAGCCAGGGGAACAGACUCCUGGAUGGGAGAAGGGCAGCCGAAGCCCGAGCUCUGGCAAAGCUAAACAAGAAAGCGUGUCUUCCUCCAAGGGAAGUGCAAGAGUGGACAAGUUGGAGCUUAGCGUGGGCCCUGUAGGGGCUCUGCCCCCCGUCACCCCAACCAGCCCAGCUGAAGCUCUGGCUGAGGGAGUCCUCACUCAGCUCCCCACCUCUCCUCCGUCCCUGCCUGAGGAGGUCGCGAUCCGGACAUCCAGCCCCAUCCCUCUGCGCUCUCCCAGCCCUCACACCCUCCUGACCACCUUGUCGGACCCGCUGCACCAGCGCCACCCGCCGGGCAUGAGGCGCAGCCAGUCUGCCGACCAGCAGCAGCAGGAGCGCCCCUCCUCAUCCUCCUCCUGCCAUGCCUCACUUCCACUACCACCAAACCCUGCCCCCGGCACCCGCUCACCCAGUCGUAGGAAACUGCCUCCCAUCCCGGCGGGUGCUGCCAACGCCAAGUUUCCCUCCGUCAUACGCAUCACACGUGCCCAGCUUCAGCAGUUGACAGCUCAGCGUCCCUCUGGGCUGUCCUCCCAGUCAGGAUCAGACAGUGCUCCACAGUGCCUCCUGCUGGAGAGGCGUGGUGAAGCUGAAGCUGAGACUCAGCAGGGGCAGGAGCACGCAGUGGACAUCAUCUCCCCCCAGGACCAUGUGCCCACCCAUCCAGGGACACCCACAGACCCCCUGGCUGAGACGAUGGUCAAUGGAGACAGCUACACCAAAGCUCAAAGCCCUGUGCCAAGCCGCGUGUCUUCCCCGCGCUCCCCCCGCUCUCCACGCUCGCCUCCUCCGCGCUCGCCCUCCUCUCCGCACUCCCCUCGCUCUCCUCGCUCCCCUCACUCUCCUCGUUCUCCUCGCAGUCCUGUUUUCGCUAAUGGUCACCUCUCCCCUCAUGUUACUGGCCAAGGGGAUUUAAGUAAUGGAGCUUUCCCCAAGCUGAAAGACUCUGAGAAUGAUUCUGGCCACACUCCCUGCACCACAGAACCUCAACUAAGAGGGGAGGAGAGGGGACAGGUCAACCGGGCCCCAGAUCAGAUUAGCGGCCCAACCUCCUCCUCCCCGGCUGCCCCCCGUAAGGACCCCAGCCGCAGGCAUAGCCGCAUCCCUGUCCUGGAGCCCUCCAGCCUGCUGGAGCUCCCGACUCCCGGGUCUGCCAAGGAGAAACUCCUGCAAAAGAAAGCCAGCCACCAGGGUCCGGUCCCCUCUCCCACUGCCUCGCCUUCCCUCUCUGAUAGGCGUGGCGCCAUGGUGGCUUCCCUUGCGAGGGACCCUCUGUCCUCCACCUCUGAUCGCUCCCAGGACGAGGACUCUCUCAUGGGCUCCCGCUCUGACCGCCAGGGAGACGAUGCUCCAUCCCUCUCCUCCUCCUCCAGCCCUCUGUCCCGCAAGAGUAGGAUCCCUCGACCCGUUCAUUCAGCAUCUUCCAAUGAGCAGCUGGCCUCCCAAUUCCUGCCCCGCCCACCCCCUGGAAAGCCACCUUGCCGCCCGACCGUGGAGGGCAGGCUUAGGCGUUACCGCAUCCGAGCUGGCAGCACCAGUGACUCAGACCUUCUGACAUGCCUGGCUCAGCUGAUGCAUGGUUCCCGUGGCUCCCCCCUCCACCACCGCUCCUCGGCCCAGCACGGGGGCUCUAGGAUGGGCAUCUGCAGCCUGACGAGCUCACCGCACCAUCACCGCAGCUCUAGCGCAUCGCCACGCAGCUCCUCCUCCCUGCAGCGCUCUGUCAGCUCCUCGCCCUCCCGCCACGAGCACCGUGGCGGCGGGGGAGGGGGCUGCCUCGGCCGCAGCCGCUCGCCUCCCAGCUUUUCGGGCUCGCCGCCCCCCCGCCGCUUCUACCCCCACCACCAGGAGACAUGCUGCAGCCGCCAGGCACGCACGGGCCCCUUCCACCUGUCCAGGGGAAAGGGCUGCAGCCGAGAGGGCAAGUGCUCCAGCAAGCUGAGCAGAUAGUUGCCCACCGGGUUGCACUGCCACAGCACAGGACGGGAAGACUCCAAUCACGAUAGGGUAGACACUGGUCAGGAUAAAAACCUGAGUCUUCCUCUAUAAUUAGAAAAAAAAUCCCUGUUUUCUGCUGUCAGUCUGAACCUUAGAAUUGUCUCGCCGCUUCCCACUGUUGUCUUCACUUCUUCUAUUAGCACACAGGGUUUGUCAUUCAUUUAUGUGCCCAGCUUUAAAGGGGCACUCCAACCAUUUAGUAUUGAAUUUCCAUGAGGUCGUGGGACCGAGAUUUGAGAGAGAGCGGUCAAAACCUGCACGGCAGACGGCUCGUCUUUUAGUCCGAUAAGCUUCUUCUAUUUCCCUGGCUCCUCAGUGUCAGUAAACUGAAUGGCUGGAGUGCCCCUUUAUGACAGUGUAACACACAAACUAUAUUGACAUGUCUCUGUCCUCAUUUUAUAUUUGUUAAAAUGUUGUAGAGCAAAAUAGCGUAGCUGCAAAAUGAAGCAGUUGCUUCCCUUUGCAGGAAGUUCUAUAGUACAUAAAUCAAUAGUUAGUUCAGCCAGUGGGCACAUAAAUAAAUCAGUUUUCUGCUUAUUCAACUUUAAACCAUCCUGCACCAUGAUAUAUAGUAACUUAUUUAUCCCCAGUAUUAAUGCACUUGGAUUAUACUGAUGGAAUAUCAGUGUGGCUGAUCACAGCUUAAUUAAAUAUUGGCCUGGGGUUGACUCAGUUAUCUCCUGUGCGUUUGGAGAUUUGCAGGCAGGGUAUAAUACUAUUUACUUUAUGCUACGUGUGAAUGCAUAAAGCCAGACUUUGUGUACAGUUGUAUUUAUUGAGAUAUUUAUUUUGAUGCUUUAGCGACGCUUACGACUCCUACCCUACUCUGUGUGAUCGUGGAUGUGUGGUUUUCGUGUCACUCAGAUUAGUUUUAAAUGUUUAAUCGACUGGAUCGCUCCAUAGUGAUCCUUUAUACAAUCAGUCAUGUGGAGUGUGUGAGGUCACGCACCUUUUUGUGCCUACUGUGUUGCCAAGAGGGAAUUUGGAGGGAAUUACAGGUUAGAAUAGUGGAACUCCUUUUAGAUCUGAAGGUGUUAACAGAACGUGUGUUUCCAGUAUAAGUAGUUUGUAGUAGCAGUAGUAAGCUUAAAGAACACAAGGUACAUUACUGAUAUGUAAUGUUCAGACGCAGAUAUUUGUGCCUUGGCACUUUGGGCAGCUUGAGGAUUCACUCUGGUGUGUCUGUAAUUAGAAAAAAAAUUAAAAAAAUAAAUAAAGGAGCCAAAAACAGACUUGUGCCAGCGGUUAUAAGACGACCCUUUUCACCAGUAUUCUUUCAUGUAGAAAAGGUAGCAACACAAAUGUUUGUAAAAUCAAACACAAUUUGAGCAACAGUUUACUUGAGGACCGAGUAGCUAUUAUUUGUAAUUUGAAAUAUAUUUCAAGUGAAACCCGUUCUAGCUGUCCUGUGUGAACCAGGUCAGUGUUUGAGAUAAACAAAAAAAACUUUGAACAAAUGUGAAUUUCAGACCUCAAACAACAUUUUGUCAAAUGUUUCUGAACAUGGAGGCCAUAUGUACAUAUAUUUCUCACACCAAAAUGAUGAAGAAUGUUUUUUUUUGUUUUUGUUUUUUUGUUCCUCCUACGCCGGAGAAUGUCUUUUAUAUAAUGACAUGCAGUAUGUUUGUGCAUAAGGCAAAGGAAUCAGAGUAUUGUUUGUGUUUAAUUUAGUUAGGAUUCCUCACUGAAACUCUCCUCCGCAACCUCCUCCCACUCCUCUGCUUGUAAGAUACUGUAAAAUAAACUAACUCCAGCUUCCUUCCAGUGCUACUCUUUGCAUGCUCAACAGAGAAAAGACAGAAAAAAAAAAAAUUAAUCAGAAUCAAACUACUGAGUAAAAAGCUGCAUACCACCUCCCAUUACAGGGCAUUUAUCUUGUGAAGAUUUCAACCCAGCAGGGACUUCAUUACCUGUUGGGUGAGCAAAUUUAAUUUCUGUGAAUCUGUAUAUCUUCUCUGACCCAUCUCACUAUUCGUUUUCCUCCUCCCAUCUGAUCUAUGACUCUAGUUUUCUGCGCUUCCUGCACUGACUUGAGAUGAUUGUGUUGCCGGAUAACGAUAGACUGUAUUUUUUAUCAGUGCAACUAGCUUAAGGCAUGAUGCACAAAAUAAUUACCAGAAAAAAGAAAAAAAGGUGAAACUUUGCUGUGUUUUAAAGCAUUUGUAUUGUGGGGGGAAAAGAAACAAACAAACACACGAGUUGAAAGAUGAACGUCAGCCAUAGCCUCUAUAAGAUACGGCUGCACAUGUGAGCAAAUAGAAAAAUCCCAUAGCCAAAUAUUUUGAUAAAUUUUUGCAGAUGUGGUUUGACUUAUGAGAUAUGAUAACUACGGGAGUGUAUAGAGGUUGAAUGGGCACGUCGCUUUGUAGAUAUAAAAUGUGCUCGUGCAGAUCUCGCAGGUAUCCUACGCUCAGCCUCACCGAGCAGCUACGAUGACUCAUCCUGAAGGCAGACAGCGUUCAGUCAGUCAGCCGCCUUAAUGUCUCUUCUCUGCCCCUCUGUGCAUAGCGAGGGAUGACUGAGCCUUGUCUGUUUUGGAGAUCAUUCCACUAUUUUAGGGCCAAGCCAAACCUUUCCUGUCACUCAUCUCUCGUCUGUAAAUGGCACGUGCUGCCAUGCCUGUCAGUGUGGUCAGUACGUCACCUGCUGAAAUCAGUGCUGUCAGACUCUUGUGCUUCUGCCUGAGAGCUCCCUGUUUUUGUUUUGUUUUUUUCUGUGAGAAUGCGUGCACCAUUUAUUGAUCGACCAGUGGAAAUGAGAGAACAUUUCAGGCCGCAGUAUUCAAGGUGUGUUUGUGUAUGAUGACCGCAUGCUCUCAAACAGGCGCGUGCAAAUUUCUACAUGUUGCCAGCAAUCAGUCAUUGAAUUCUCCCUCUUACAACUGCUCUGUUUCAGGCUCACAGAUAUUUCAAGAUAAUUCAAGCUUUCAAAGUUCAGAAUGCUGUUGUGCAGACUUUUAAUAUAUACCUGUAAAAUAUUCAAAUAAUUAUUUAAAUAAAAUCAUUGUAAAACCUUAACUUAUAUUCUAACAAGCUUCAGUGAAAGGGAGGAACAGACACUAAAGAGUGCUGCUGGUUUUAAAAGAUAAUCAGAUUUCUUCAUGUUUUUUUUUUUUUGUAUUAUUAUUACUGUUGCACAGAAGUGGUGUGUAGUUGUAGUACUAGUGUUACCCUCCAGAUGAGAUUUUCUUUGUCACUUUUUAAAGUGGCCUGCUGAUGAAGGUGUCAUAUUUAUAGUAGCUUGCUGGUAUUUGUGGUUACAGAUACCCAUAGGCCAAUGAGAACAAACCCCAGCUGUUUUGUUUUAUUAUGAAAGGUGAUGGAAACUAAUGAAAGCUUUGGUGUGCACUGGUACACGUCUCAUGUCAUAACAUCCGAUUACUUGUUAAUAACUUAUAAAUACUUGACAGAAAUUAUUUAUUGUGACAUUUGCUAAUUUGCCCAUCCAUCAUUUUGACUUAAAUUGUUGGGAUUUUUUUUAAUGGUUGAUAUUUUUUGUGUUGUAAUGUAUGUCUUGGUUUUGAAACGUAACUGUACAGUCUCAAAGAAAGAAUGUAACAAGUGGGAGUUUUGCAUUGUAUAUAACUGUAAUUAUUUAUGUUUAUUCUAUCAUUUGUAUCAUAUCAAUGCCUUGUACAGUGUUUUUUUUCUUUUUUGUUUUAAAAUUAUUUUGUAUUUUAUUUUUAUAAACUGGUUAUAAAUAAAAUACUCAUUCCGCAUGCAGACAGAA